AUGCUCCUACAAAGAUUACAACUUACCAAUUUAAAACCUUCCCCCUCACCAAGUGUUCUUGGCAAAAAUCUAUCCAUUGAUGAUGGGUCCCCUCUUAAUGAUCCUUUCAUUUACAGAAGCACAGUAGGUAUGCUACAAUAUCUCACAACAACAAGGCUCGACAUUGCGUACAUUGUAAAUCAUCUGAGCCAAUUUCUUCAAAGACCCACAGAUGCUCACUGGCAGGCCGUCAAACGCGUUCUUCGAUAUGUCAGUGCAACCAAAAACUUUGGACUGUUUUUUCAACCCAGCUCCGAUCUAUCAAUCUCUACAUAUUCUGAUGCGGAUUGGGCAUCUAACAUCGACGACCGUAAUUUUGUGGCAUGUGUGUUCGUUGGAAGUAAUCUCGUUUCUUGGUCAUCCAAAAAGCAGACAGUUGUGGCUCGAUCAAGCACCGAGUCUGAAUACAGAGCCUUAGCACAUACUGCCUCUGAAGUCAUCUGGCUCAACCAACUUCUGUCGAAGCUUGGGAUGCUAUCCUUUAUCAAACCUAUAAUCUGGUAUGAUCACUUAAGUGUCGGUGCAAUUGCCACCAAUCCUGUUUUUCAUGCUAAAACUAAACAUAUAGAGAUUGAUGCUCAUUUUGUGAGAGAUCAUGUUCUUCGUGGUGGAAGUUCGGUUUGUUCCCUCAUCCAGUUAGCUAGCCGACUGCCUUACAAAACCCCUUACACACUCUCAUUACUAGUCUCUUCGCUCCAAACUCGGAGUACUUGA